CAGAAAAAAAAGGUGCUGAAAUGUCGUCAGUUCCGGGAGGCAUUCCUAGCCUGGAAAAGCGGGGCUGGGAUCUCUGUACAAACAACACGCCGGAGAGUGAUCAGCCAUGUCAUAAGACAACACUGAAAUCAGACUGAAUCUGUCAUCGGUUCAUAAAUUCAUUCGAUCUUGUCAUUUUCCAGGACUGACCGACACGCCUAUCGACGAAGCCGUGCAUGAACUGGAUAGACGUUAGCCAGUUAGCUAGCUUACCGAAUAGCUCAUUCAAGACAAAGCUCCAACAGGACAGAUAGUAUGCUGAGUAAAGCGGCCACUAUGGAAAUCCCUAUCAACCGCAACGGAGACACGGGGACGCUGCCGGAGGAUGACAGCCUUGAACAAGUUGCUAAGCUACAGUGGAGCUUAGAUGAGAAGGACCUCCAGCAGGUGAUGGUGUCUGGACCCAAUCUGAAUGAGACCAGUAUUGUAUCCGGAGGUUACGGGGGUACAGCUGAGGGAAUCAUUCCUACCAGCUCCAUUAAAGGCCCUGCUGUGCACUACAACGCUCAGUUUAACAGACGCAUCCCAGUCACAGGACAAGGUUCCAGUAUGCAGGACAGUAGAAGCAGCAGUUCCAUGACUGCAGAGGAGGCCUCCAGAGGAGUGGCUGUAGAGAAACUAGACUUCAUGAAGCAAUGGGGCCUCAACACCUACAAGUGCACUAAACAGAUGAUCGCAGAGCGGUUUGGUCGUGGUUCUAGGACUGUGGAUCUAGAACUGGAGGCUCAGAUAGAAGUCCUCCGGGACACCAAGAGGAAGUAUGAGAAUGUGCUGCGAUUGGCCAGAGCCCUGACCAAUCACUUGUACAGCAUGGUGCAGACGCAACACGCCCUCGGGGACACCUUCACCGACCUCAGCCUGAAAUCACCUGAACUACGGGAUGAGUUUGGGUACAACGCAGAGACCCAGAAGUUAUUAUGUAAGAAUGGAGAGACACUGCUGGGAGCCAUCAACUUCUUUGUGUCCAGCAUCAAUACGCUGGUUAACAAAACCAUGGAGGACACGCUGAUGACCAUCAAGAUGUACGAGGCUGCUAGGUUGGAGUUUGAUGCGUACAGGGCAGACCUAGAGGAAUUAAGCGUUGGCCCCAGGGAUGUGGUGAACAUGGCCCGUAUAGAUACAGCCCAGGAGCAGUACCAGAUCCACAAGGACAAAUAUGAACGUCUUCGCUCUGACGUCACUAUCAAACUCAACUUCCUGGAUGAAAACAAGGUAAAGGUGAUGCAUAAACAGCUGCUCCUGUUCCAUAAUGCCAUCUCAGCCUACUUCGCUGGUAACCAGCAGCAGUUGGAGCAGACCCUGAAGCAGUUCAACAUCAAGCUGAGGCCCCCAGGGGCCGACAAACCCUCCUGGCUUGAGGAACCAUGAGGGAGGGAGCCACAGGAGACAGGGCAGCCCAGGAGAGGCCCUCCUAACCUGGGAAACAGCGGACCCCCCAAAACCCCUUACUAUCCACUACAGUGGACCACGGACGGACAGAUGGACAGGACUACGUAGAGAUGGAUGGAUGGAUGAAUGGGCCAAGGGCCUUGUAUCUAUAGAGGACUGUGUCAUGAUCAGGGACUUGUCUUAUUUUCCUCUCUUUCAUGAUCUGUCUUUUUCUCUCUUCUGUAUAAAAUAUUAUCUCCUGUCCUCUAUGUAAGUAAUAAUGCCUGAGAAGCCGGUGUUUGGGUGAUAUAUUGGCACGGGUGUUGUUAGGCCCCGAGACGAAGUCUUUUAUAUCCUCAAACACCGGCUUCUCUGGCAUUAUCACUUUUACACAACGGGUUACCAACAUAUUCAAAUAAUGAUUGACAUAUUUUCAUUAAACGUUAUUUUGAUGAAUUUAUUCAUACUAUUUCAUCCUUCCACAAGAUAUAUUUAUAUAUAGUCCUGACACAAAAUCUAGGGUUGCUACCCAAGCCGGCUGGUCGUUCGUUCUUUCGGUUCGGCUGCCAGUGACCCAGUCGUUCAGUCUUUUUGUUCUGUAUCUGUGGACGCGACCCAGUCGUUCGUUCUAAAUGUUCCAUUGCCAUACUGGCUAGCGUGCUAGCUAGUCCAUACUGGCUAGCGUGCUAGCUAGUCCAUACUGGCUAGCGUGCGAGCUAGUCCAUACUGGCUAGCGUGCGAGCUAGUCCAUACUGGCUAGCGUGCGAGCUAGUCCAUACUGGCUAGCGUACUAGCUAGCCAACUACGGCUAACUUACAGUCAUGUCAAAAAGUGCAGCCAGAAUGACAACAAAGUAGCUGUUUUCUAGCGAGAUUUCUUUGGACACAACCAUAACAAUGAACUAAUGAUGCACAAUUUUGCCUGGCAGAUAAAAUGUGCUCACUUGUCAGGACACUGUUCAGACAAAAGAAAUACAAUCCAUAACAUCAAUUUGAACUGAUGUUAAUAAAAUGAAAUCAAACAUUA